CGAAGGGGCCAUCCCAGAAUACAUCCCUCACCUGUCAUUGCUACACUUUCCCUGCCGACCUCUCGACCUGUCAGUAUCUUGCACGCUGUCAUGGUCAGAGCAACCUUCUCAUCAUAGAUCGCGAACUCGAACGUCUCCUCGCCACUGCUGCCAAAACCAGCUGGACCAGAGGACUUUCAGAAGACCCACCCCCAAUCGUCACCUCGUCAUCCUUUUGAAGGCCAGAGACCAUGGCGACCCGCUUGAGGCUUUGGGCAGUCUUUCUCAUUGUCGUCAGCUUGCUCGCUAGUCUACCUGGCGAGACGUAUGGACAGAAGGAGGAGUCGCAUCCUGAUCGCCGCGUCACUGUGGAAGAUGAGGUACAAAGGGGGACUGUCUUCAGCACUUCAGGCCGGGUUGACCAUGCUACGUCUGCAUGGCCAGAAAGAGGCAAUGGCAAUGGUGUGCACAACAUGUCUUCCGACGAAGCCUACCAGUCCGCCCUGAUCCUCCUCAGAUCCGUGAUAGAGCCAUCGGCAUUACAAGAGCCAAUUGCAUAUACCCAGACAAAUCGCAAGUCACCGUCAAGAACCAAGAGCUCUGCCAAAACUUCCGUUUCAUCUGGAUCCUCUUCCCCUCUCCAUCAGCCCUCGGCCCAGGACAAAGCUCGUGUGACUCUGUCGGAUUUGUCGCCGUACCUGACCUUUCUCACAUCCUGGGGCCCAUUUGGAACGAUGCUCAGGCUUUCAGUCAAGAUCAAGUAUUCUCUUUAUGCUUUUGCUCACUGGCUCAGAGCGCAUGUCCCUUUCUCAGGUUCGGGUGCGGGAUUGCCAAGUCUGCUUCGGGGCGGCAAUGGCCGGUCUGAACAUGUCUUGGACUCGAGAAGACCCCACGCCUGGACGGGAGAGCGAGCCGCUCAGCUUUGGCCAGAGUGGGAAGUUGGAGGUGGCGAUUCGGCCCUCCAUGGCCCUUUCCUGCUCAAGGGCUGGCAGAGCGAAAGCGAGUCGAGCGACUCCUCCCUCCUUACAAAGCAGAUCCUCAAGUGGAUCUCGUCCACCACAAUAGGCGGUAAACGGCUGGGCAGAAGCUCGCACACGGACUCGCAAGCUGCCGACAAUGUCUCUGAGGCGCUCGCCCUCCUGCAACAUGCAGGUUACCCACCUCGGCCACACCGGGCAUCAGCAGACGCUCUCUGGGUACUGGCGCAACAUUAUAUUCUAGGAACACAUGGCGCAGAGCCUCGGCCGUGGCUUGCCAUCCCGCAUUUGACGACUCUGGUAGAGGAAGUGAAGCCCGGCAAUGCAAGUGCUCGCAAUCUGCUUGCAUGGCUAGAGGGCUCGAAUGAGAUGUGGAGGGCCUGGGGAAGACCAACGAGUGCUGAGGAGUGGCCAGGACAGAGUCAAAGCAUGGCUCUACUUCACCACACAUUCGCCGCUCGCGAAGGCGACUACGCCUCCCAGAUGGCUCUAGCAUAUCGCAGUCUUGUCGGCAUCGGAACCACGCCAGACUGUACGGAAGCCCUCAAGUGGUACGAGCGGGCAGCCUCGCAGUCUCAGGCGCGCUUCCAGCAGGGGCCUCCGGGCGGCCUGACGCCUCCGUAUACCCACUUGCGACUGUCAGACCUCUUCGGAGGAGUCUACGGCCCUGGAGCCUCAGCAGCGUCGACUGGGCCGGCAGCACACCGUCCGGCCAUCCAGGCUGCUCUUCAGUUCCUCCCUUCGACAAACUCUCCUACUUCAAUGGGAACAAGAGACCCUUCCCGACUCAACGAUCUGCUCGCCUUUUAUUCUUACCAUGCCAAUGGAGGCUCCCUCAGUCAUACACUCUGGCUGGCCCGCAUCUACUAUCAGGGCAGCAUCUAUGGUGCGAGCGAGAGCGCAGGUCAGGUACCGCGAGACUACACCAAAGCGCGAGAGCUCGCAAGUAAGGUCGCCAGGAUGGUCUGGCCUGUGGACAUUACGAACCUCAGGAUGGUCAAGGGCAGGCGAGUCACAAGAAACUCCAAUGACCGCAACGCGCAAGGAGGCGAAGAGGACCCCAUUCUCAAGACGGAGGGGUCCGUCAGAUCGCUCGCUGGUUCCGCAGCUGCCUUGUUGGGACGGAUGUACCUCCGAGGAGAAGGCGUGCCAGUCGACUACGCCAGAGCCUGGUACUGGUUCUGGAGAGGUAGCGAGGUGGGGGACCGAGACUGCAAGUAUGGUUUCGGUCUGAUGAGAAGCCUGGGGAUGGCUCCGGACCAAUGGGUCAAGAAAGAUGGCAAGAUCAUCAGAGAGGGGCAGAACAUAGAUCGCAAAAGAGCUAUCGAGAUGUGGGACGAUGCUGUCAAGUCCUCUCUCAGCGGUCACGCCGAGUCGAGUGUCGCCUUGGGCAAGAUACAUCUUCAGAUGGGAGACCUGACGUCAGCUGGAGCCCACUUUGCGACUGCCGUCAGGACUGGAUCACCCUUUGAAGGCUUCUACUUCCUUGGGCUUGUCAAUGCCAAGGUCUACAAGCAGUCCUUGGCGACGUUGAGCCCUCCGGGCGCGAACGACAAUCGUUGCCAAGCAGCCGUAUCCUUCUUCAAGCACGCAGCCGAGCGAGGGGACUGGGAAUCCCCGGUCUUUGCUCGAGGAGUGCGCGCUUGGGAGUUGGGAGACAAGAAGCGAGCACUGAUCUAUUGGUCCAUGGCUGCAGAAAGAGGCGACGAGGUGGCGCAGAACAAUGUCGCGUGGAUCUUAGACAGAGAUAAGAGGCGAUGGAAGGUGCCGCGCCUUGAUGGUCCCCCAGACACGUCAUCCGAUCGACUUGCCUUGAUGUACUGGACGCGGUCGGCUGCGCAGGACAAUGUUGAUGCUCUUGUCAAGCUCGGAGACUACUACUACUACGGCAUCGGCCUGCCAUCGGCUUCCUCUAAUGACAGCAGUGGCGAGCCAGAGUACGAGAAGGCGCUGGCGUGCUAUGCAUCUGCGGCAGAUCGACAAGUCUCUGCUCUGGCCUACUGGAACUUGGGCCACCUGUACGAAGCUGGAUUAGGCGUUCCGCGGCGCGACUUCCAUCUCGCGAAGCGCUACUAUGACAUGGCGGUAGAGAUCAACAGCGAGGCUUACCUGCCCGUCCUGCUCAGUCUGAUCCGGCUGCACAUCAAAGCUUUAUGGGCAACUGUCUGGAAGCGUGAGGAGAGCGCUGUGGCCCUCUUCAGCAGCUAUGCGGGUGCCGGCAACGGAGUUCUGGGCGGAUACACCGAAGCCGAGGAGGAGCUGUUACGCGCUGCUGGUGGAGGUAGGGAAGACGACGAGGAAUUCUACUUUAAUGAAGAGGGAGGAGACCUCAACUUGCCAGAGACGUGGGACCUGAGGCGUAACGCAAGAGGGGGACAACAGGCGCAUCAACGCCAGCAGCCUCGCCCUGGUCAACAACAGCAGCCACCUCAGCAGCAGCAACCUCCUCCACCACAACAACAGCAGCAGCAGCAGGCGGCACCACAACAGCAAGGCGGAGCACCUCCACCCAAGGGCGCUCCCAAUACAGCUGGCAGAGGCGGCGGCAGCGGAAGAGGUAACGGCGGUGACGCAAGCGACGGCGGUGUUUUGAUGUCUCUCUCCGAGGAAGAAGCCGACGCGAUGAUCGAGGGCGCAAUGAUGGUCAUUGGCCUCUCUGCCCUUGCCAUGCUCGUCUAUGCCCGUCAAGCCGCUCAAGCCCGUGCAGAGCAGGAGCGACGCGAAGAGGAGCGUCGUAGGCAAGAAGUGCGGAACCACAUCGUCGUUGCAGAAGGUGGGGGACAGGCGGCGGGAGAAGCACUUAGAGCGCAAGAGGCCGAAUGGCAUCGGAGGGAUCAACAGCCUGGUGGACCGAGGUACGCUGGUGGACUGCCUUGGCCACCGGGACCUGAGGUGGGUUUGUAAAAGGAGAAGUCCGCCCAGCAGGUUGGCGAAAGAGUUGGUGGACAUUGCCUCUGUGAUGUGAGAUCCUUAUCGAUCCGAGCAGGGACCAAGGGAACGUCUCUGACCUUGUUCCUGAAUCUUCAAAAUCUAUAAUGACAAGACUUUUGGUAUUUUAUUUUUUGCCGAAGAUGAUGCCGAGGAUGAAAAACGCCUCGAUCUACACUGUCGGUCUUGUGUGGGUGGGGUAUGCUCUCCGUCCCUGCAAUCACAUACGCAGCCUGCACCACACCCGUCUUGGUAUCGUCAGUCCAAUCCCAAGAUCCAGUCUCAAGCUCCAAACUCCAAGCUCCAGCUCAAUUCUUUACAUUCUUCAUCCCCUCCAACCUCCUUACAAACUCUCUCAAUUCAUCGCCCUUGAUCUUAUACCCCUCGCGC